GUUGCAAUGAGUUUCUUUUCACUCAAAUAAUGCUUGAAAUAAAAAAAAAGUGAAAAAUAAUAAAAAAUCAAAAAAUUAAAAAAAAAAAAAAAUUUGCUCAUUUUUGCACCAAAUUUUGCCUAUAACUCGGUCGGUAUCCAACGGAUCGCCAAUCUUUAACCUGUGGUCGAUAGAUGGCACCAAUGGCUACAUUUUCUUCUUGGACGGUCAUGCCCUCAGAUGUCUGUGCCAGAAGUUAUUCGAGGAACCAAGUUCCUUACCCUGUUUGAGAAAAUGUAAAAUUUUCCUCAUUUUUGCUCCAAAUUUUGCCUAUAACUCGGUCGGUAUCCAACGGAUCGCCAAACUUUAACUUGUGGUCAAUAGAUGACACCAAUGGCUACAUUUUCUUGUUGGACGGUCAUGUCCUCAGAUGUCUGUAUGCCUGUAUAGAUGUCUCAGAUGUUUCUAUAAAUAUGCCAAUCUCCAAAGGCUGUAUAGUCUUAGGCUCUUUUUUGAAGUAAUAUUGCAAAAUUUAUAAAUGUAAUAUAUUUUAAUGCUGCAAUAUGUUUCUUUUCACUCAAAUAAUGCUUUGAAUAAAAAAAGAAAAAUAAUAUAAAAAAAUUAAAAAAUUUAAAAAAAUUGAAAAUUUCUUAAGUCUAUAGCCUUAGCUUUUUUUUGGGGAAAUUUAGCAAAAUUCAUAAAAUGAUUUAUUUUAAUGUGAAUUUGUUGAAAUAAGUUUCUUUUCACUCAAAUAAUGCUUUAAAUAAAAAAGAAUAAAAAAAUAUUAGGAAAAACAUAAAUUUGCCAAUCUCCUAAGCAGAGCCAGAUCCCGUUGAUAAGUUCUUUACAUGAAUUCUUUAAUAUUAGUAUUUUUUCUUAUCAUUUAUUUUUUUUGCUUAAAUUAGGUUUUAAUUCAAUAUUAAAUGUUUUUUCUCUUUUUUAAGCUGUUGUUUUACAGUUUAUAUGCUAUAUUAAGUGAAUGAAAUUCUAAAUUUUGUUAUAAUCUUUUUUGCUUACUUACGUCUUUCCGUGAUAUUAAUCAACAAAUAAUAAAAUCUUUGAUGAAAAACGGAACGAUUCACACUCUCGCUUGUACGCCUUUUCUUUGAAAGGGAACGGGGAAUGUUUUGCACAUGGAAAGUGAAAAAUGUUUUCCCGAUUGUCACAGCAACUACUUACGAUGGUACAGUAAGUGCGUUCCCCCAUUCUUCGAUUACCACUGGCUUGCGCAACACCAAAAACCAUCGUCACCCUUCCAGCGCCAACGGUGAGGGCCGUCGCGCCAGAAUGCACAGAAAAUCAGUAAAAUUAUCAACGCCUCUGUUGCAACCAGUAAAACCCUAGGAUGAAAAAUGUCAACCCAAGCGCGGGAGCCUUUCCUCGCCCGACGACUUUCCUACCGGAUUAAUCGCGGUAAUGAUGUUCAUAAUUCCGCAUUAAACGUUCACGGCUUCCUACCCCUUCUGUUUCGUCCUAUUAGCGAAACAUCUUCUGUUUCCGUCUUCUGCUGCUUUUUUUUCGCGGCCCAUUAAGUGGUCGAGUAUGCACGGGCAUGGGGUGCGUCCACGACCACGUGCGCAUUAUUGAAGACGAGCAUAACAAUCGUAGCGAAUGAAUGAAACAACAUUUCACGCAACAGGGCACAUCUUUUGAAUGAAUGUGGCCGAAUGUACACGUACAUGUGGUACAGGCAAGGAAGUGGCUCUGCCUCCGAUACCUUUUGGGCCCGUUGGAGGAACUUUGUUUUGUGCUUUUGCGUGUUUUUUCUCUUCUCCUCUGUACUACCGAUACAAAAAGGUCGUGAACCAUACGGCUAGCGCUUCGCUUUGUGAUGGAUGAUGGAGAAUUGGAGGGAUUGAAGGAAAAACACUUGUUAGUAAUUCUAUUAUUCAUUGUGUUUCGAUGAUUGCCGCCGCCGAUGGGAGGACUUGUAGAGUUGGUUAGGGUAUAAAAUAUAGUUUCUUCAAACAGAAGGAUUCAUUACAGCUUGUACCUUACCAUCGUUGACAACGUCUACCAGUGAAAGUGUGUAUCAAAGAAUCCAACAAAACUCACAGACAACAUGGCAGCUCGUGCAGCUUACUACUUCGUGUCCGUUUUAGUGCUAGCAAUGAUCGGUUGGCAAGGUGUGGAAGCACAAAGCAAUCCUUGGCGACGACAAAACGACAGCUUUGCGACUGAAUCUGCCAGCGAUCGUAGCCAACGGUUGGGAUUAACAACGGGCUACGGUGGCGUUAAUGGUUACGGUUACUCCAGCACCGGAUUGGGUUCCUACACACCGCUCAAGAUCGAUCUGGGUGGUGUCGUUCUCGGCACACUCGUCGGUAUCGGUGCUCUGCUGCUGCUUCCGAAGCUGGUCAAUGUGAUCGGUGGUGGGUACGGUGGAUCCGGUCACUACCGUAGCGCGGACAGUGAUCCAACCGGUAUCUCCGAUCUGAUGAGCAAGGUUGACGAUUAUCUCGCGCAGAACAACAUCGAUUCUGGGGCGUGCAUGCAGAAGGCCGUCUGUAGCUACCUUCGCUCGUCCGAUUACCACGCGCAGGUGGGCACAGCCGAUCAAGUGGAGCAUAUGAUCUUGGCACUUUCCGAAAACUCGAUCAUUGACUAUAUGCUGGAUGGGACGGCGAUCAAGGAAGCGAUCAAGAAUGGCAAAAUGCAAACAGCACGAUCAUGCGAUGAACUAUACUCGACAUGCCCGCUUGACCGCCAAUCCACGCUGAAGCUGUUCAAGAAGAUGUUCCCGAUCGGCAACUAAACAGCGUCAGCGAAAGUUAAGCUGUUAAUUGAUCGUAUUCUGUGCUGGUUGGUGGUUUGGUUUGUCUCUCAUCGGAACAAUGGCGCAUUCUCAGAAAAGGGUACCAAGGCGAAGAAACUAAUUUGUAACGAAGUUUAACGAUGGUUGUUGCAAACAGGUUCGACCUAGUUCGUGGAAAUUAUUUUUAAAAACCACUGUGUGGCCCUAUCCUAGAAGGCUAGAAGAGAGUGUGCUGGAAGCGAUGCUUUCCUAAACGGUCCCAUGUGAGACAAGCUAAACACACCGAGUGCAGUACGAUCAGCAGCUCGCUAGAACAGCUACGAAACGGGGUGAGCAUCUGUUGAUACUCGUGACCCUGGGAGGAAAAUCAAUCUGUUUAGAAUUAGAACCAACGGCAAAGGAGCAGGAGCAAAAAUAAGGGCCACCACCUACAACAGCAUACGCCUUGACUAAACACACAUGGGGAUCAAUCUUGUAUUUAAGCUAAUAUUAUGUUCUCUCCUUCUUACUACGAGUUUGUUCUGCAUUGCUUUUUCGGGGAGGUACUUUCGUCCACUGACCGUUCAUUUUUAUUUUAUUUUUUUUCUCUGUGAAUCUGUGAGCAUGUUUCGCUACGUUGUAAAUAAUGUGUACGACAUUGGACCGUGUGUGAACGUUUAAAUAAAAAGAGCAAACCCGACACGGCACGUCCGAUUUGAGGGUGCGGAUCGUUGUCGUUGUUGAUUUGUUUAGUUUCCACGUACCCACACUAACUAACGCCUACGUUUUUCUUUCUUCUGGACGUGGCUGGGCACGUGUCUUAAAUAGUGUUUUUUUUUUCUUUCUUUUUGGAAUGGUUGAAGGUCAACGUGUAACGUUUGAAGGUAGGUAUCAUAAAUCAGUCCUAGGUCGUGCGACGUUGUUGAUCUUCUGGACAUCAUAUAACGAAGUCAAUAACUCUAACUAGAGUCACCGUUUGUAAGAACACAAAGGUUUAGCAAUAGUGACUAUACCAUCGGUAUUGAGACAACCCUAAAAACAAAAUACAUUUAUCGAUUGCAGCAUCGAGUAUCGGCACUCAGGAAAAAUAAAGGCACGUUCUCGUGCAAUCACGUCUAAAUGUAGCAACGAAAUAAAUCCCAGAACGGAUUGGGCCACCAAUCAAACAUUCCUUAGUUCCUUCCCUGGUGGCGUGUAUAAACACUGUAAACAGUUCUAUCGAAAUCGAAUGCCAAGAGUGGCAACGAGUUUAAAAAUAAAUCAGCCAACUAACGCCGCAUCAUCAUCCGUGCACCGUUCGAUCACACGUUGUAUCAUCAUUGUUUAUCGAAUCGCAUAAAAGGCGGGGGGAGGAAAUGAAAAUGAAACACCCUUUCCACAAGCGGACACGAGACACGAAAGCACCGUGGUGUUUAUUUCUCUCACUUUUUUCUUUUGCUUCGAAACCACCCGUUCCUUUUGUACAGAUCAUUGUCAGUGUAGCUCGUGCAAUGAGC